AAAGCCGGUGGACAGCGUCUGGCAGGUGAGAGUCGAGUACAGACUGCCGAGAGAGCAGGAUCACAGCUGCUGCACGGAAGCCCCACCUGUUCCCACUCACAGCCUGGCCUCAGGGAUACCUGCAAGCUCACCUGGAGACGCAAGGGUGACAUCCGGCUCGCAUUGCAUCUACAGCCCCUGAGCCUGGGAUCGCCUCACAGCUUGGAGUAACACCACGAGAGAAAGAGAGGGAGAGAGCUAAGGAAUUACUGUACAACUAAUCGCAGCAAAACAGGUUCUUACACAAUACAAAAAACCAGCAGAGGGGAAAAAAGGAGAUGGAGCAACCUGAGAAGAUGGAGCAGACCCCACAGGUGUGGCACACACAGACCCCCCAGGAGGAGGAGCCGGAGAAGGGCAGGGUCCACCCGGAGUGCUCCAUCUGCUACAACACCUACGACAACGUCUUCAAGACGCCCAAGCUGCUGGAGUGCACACACACCUUCUGCCUGGAGUGCCUGUCGCGCCUCAUGACCGCGUCCCUGGAGCAGGAGGCGGGGAAGAUCUCCUGCCCCUUCUGCAGGCACCCCACCUCCAUCCCGAAAAACGGGCCCCCGGCCCUCACCACCAGCCAGGAGGUGCUGGGCAAGCUGCCCCGGCACCAGCAGCAGGAGGAGAGUGUGUGGCUGGAGGGGGAGAGGCUCUGCUACAAGCGUCCACUGGACGCCGGCAGCCCCGCCUUCUGCAUCUGCAUCGACAUCGGCGCCAGCAAGCAGGACGGCGCCCCCGCGCAGACCCAGGCCCGCGGCGGCGUGCUGGGCCGGCUGACGGACUGGAAGAGGCUGACGCUCCUCAUCGUGCUGAUGAUCCUGCUUGUCUGCAUCGUCGUCUGGCCGCUGCAGUGCGUCUUCUCCACCGGCAGCCUGCGCUGUGUCCUGGACAUGGACCCCGACGUCGACGGGUCCGUCACCCCCUUCCCAACGCUGCGGCCCCCCCGCCUGCCCCACUAAGCCCCAGUCACCCUCCACCCCCAACCAACAGGUGCAGGGGGCACAGAAGUUAGCGCCCGGCGCUGAGAGCUAACAGCUCUAACAAAGAGGGCCGCUAAAGGGACAUGCUAAAGACUGCUACAUGUCAGUCGGCGCUUGCCCCAGGGCCUGAGAACGGAAAACAGGCACAGAAAGAAGAACGGACAGGUCAUGUGACUAUGCGUGCUGACAUGUCAUAGGCUGAGCCCUCAGCUGAAAGGUCGCGGAGGCCGACACGGCCCUGCCAUGCAGCAGUGACACAACAAAUGAAGCAUUUUGUCCUGUCCUUUCAGGAGGCAAAUGCAACAGCUUUGUAGAAAAGGCAGAAAAAAAUAAGCGUACCUGGUAACGGACCUCCGUUCCGACAAAGACCGGGUGCUGAAAACUCUUGAUCAAGAUGCGACCGAUUCUUUCGAAGCACAGGCGUCGGCCUCCCUUUGGUCACUAAUGGACCGUGCUGGAAAGCACCAACAGCCAGGCAGCAUGAACAGAAGUAGUAUAAAAAUGAGAGCACAGUCCCCCGUUUCAUACUCUCAAUAGGAAAGACGUGGUUGAAAUAUGUGUCACACACAGUGCAACACAGGAGCGUAGUCUUACAGGUGUCGAAUCUAUUUAUUACCAGCCACACUGCUGUGAUGCCUGUUUACAUGUCCUCAUAAUAGCCAAAGAUGAAAGCAGUAUGCAAUCACCCCAUGCUCCGCUGGCUAUAAACGCCCUUCAUUUAGGAACCAAGAGGAAAAGAAGCCAAAACAACAUGUGUGAAACGCUGUGGUUAUAGUAUUAGGCAGUGUUGUACACAAACAUGCGCACACAAACAGGAGUGAUCAUCUGGGAAGCGCUUUAGCUUUCAGAGCGCAGUAUGUGUGACUGCAUGAUCUCAUGCAUUCAGAGCCACAGUGAAUAUUCAUGAUGAUGUCUUGUGAAUAAAAUUACAGCCAACAGCAACAAACAGCUCCAGUGGUUUUCUCCUGCUCCUUUCAAACCUAUACUCUGUCAGAUCAA